AUGCGACUUGAUUUACCUCUCAAGAAAGGACUGACACCAAAGCGGGAUCCAGCAGAGCGUCAGAAGAAGAAAGAGAACCAACCAUCACGUCCCAUCAAAAAACCGUCAGAGCGUCUACUAGCGGCUGUUGCAGCGGCUACUGCUUCAAGUAGAGCGGCUUCUUCGUCAGUCGACUUUACGUCGAAGCAGUCGAAAAAGUACUCGGAACGGAACCGACGCAAAGGUCUUUUUAGCGAUGCGAAUUGA